AUUAAAACAAACAGUUGUCAUUUUAGCUUAUAAAAUAGAAAUAUCUGCUCUAUUGCUUUUAAGUGAUUCUUUUAUGAAAGCUUCUCAAGAGCUUCAUCGUUGACAACGCUGGCAACCCUUGCAGAAGGCGUACGUGAUAACAACAAUUUGUCAUCGUUUGCAUUUGGGUUAAAAUUCUUAUUGCAUUUAAAUUAAAUAAAUAAAAAUGAAUGUGGCUAUCUUCGGCGAGCUGAACGCAUUUGAGCUGCUUGUUCUCAGCAGUUUAAUGCCAGCCGUUUUCAUAUAUUUGUGGACGUUGAUUACCGGCGAUAUUAAGAAUUUUGAAAACAGCAAGAUAGCUUAUUCAGUGUACACGGCAAAGGAUCCAAUCAAUUGCUACCAAAACUACACAGAAAAGAAGAAGGAUUCAUAAGCGCUUUUAAAUUUACCUUAGAAGAUAAGAAAGCCUGCUAAAAAAUAAUCUAUUAAAGAAUCAUUAAUGUAACAAGA